AUGGCGAGAUCGAUAUUGACCUCUACAUUCCGCUUCCUGUCCGGCUUGGUUGACUUAGGCAACAAUUCAACCUCUGACACUGACCAUAUCUCAACUUCAUCAAACAAGGAAGGCCCGAGAGUCCAAGCUGCUCAAAGAGAGGGAGAGAACUCCAUCACAAAAGAACGUGUUCGAUCUGGCAAUGGCCGAAACCCCGGUGAUAGGAAACGUAAGGCAGUGGAGGACGAUUUCGAGCGACUACCCAAGAGGCGGACCGUGAAUCGAGAUCGAUCGUCCUUCAUUCCAUACGAUAAUUAUGACGAUCAUGAUUCGACUUCAAGCCUUGAGGAUCUAGAGUAUGCAGGCGCCGACAUGAGAACCAAGGCCGAGAUCGACCGUACAUUAAUGCCACCUCCAGCGACUCCUCACCGAUCUCUCAUGCCCAUACCAAGACAGCACCUGAAACCAGUCCCUCUGGGGACUUCGAAAAAUUGGCUGCAUGAUGAGGAUUCUAUAUCAUUUGCUUCUUCUGGAAUGCCAAGGAGGAAACCAGAUGACAUGGACGGCGAUCUUAUGGAAGAGGCAAGACGACAUGCGGCAGCGGUCACUCUUCCAGUCAACUCGGGAAUCUGGUCACAGACAGAGCGAGAACUCUUCUUUCACCUUGCAUAUCGUGGUUUUGAGCCGUUACUUCCUCAAAACUGGAUGAUCGAUUUCGACACACUGCCGAUCAGCUUGUUCGCGCAUGAGAACACGGGUGAUCCACCACUGAUUCAGAAUAUCAGAGACAAUCAAUUCCGAGCUGGCCAUGCACUUCGUCGGCUGUUUGAAGCAGGUCAUGAUGUCCGAGACAGAAACCACGUCAGCCCAGGCUCCCGACGGGAGAAGAUACUAGAACAAGCAGUGAAGAGGUAUCUAUAUUGGGCACUAACGGACAUUGGACUUCGCCCCGGUUCAAACGCGGAUUAUAUUCCUGUCCAUGUUGUGGCUACCAGACGCAAAGGUCGCUCUACACUUCACACUCUCGAGGAUGUCGCUGAAAAGCUACACAAGCUCUCCGAGAGACAUCGUCGAGCCCGCGAUAUCCAACCCAGUAUCGAAACCCGCCCACAAACUACAUCCGACGGGGACGAUACUCGAGUGAUCGAUGACGACAAAUUUUCACCUACGUUCAUUGGCCUCGUCAUUAUCUCAUCAGUUCUGGUGAUUGUCACGCUUAGCCCUUUUUCUCUUUCCCCUCCACUUUCGCAACAAUCAGUUCCGCAGACCGCUUCGCCUCCCAACUCAGAUCCCGAUCUCAAUCAUCCACAAACUUUCAACCCUGACAGACUGCGUAUCAUUGCCGAACUUGAUUUUAGCCAGAGAGACCAAGACGUGUGGAACGCACUGGGUGUGGCAAUCGUGGCGAUGCAGGUCCGUAGCGAAGCAUUGAAGGCGAAUUUUGGCUUUUCGCAUGACGAUCUCGAUGCUCUUGGGGGUGACGCUGUGUCGAUUAUGGGGUCAAAGCUCGGGGACGAAUUAGAAGAAAGAUUUGGAAGCACGUCAAAAUUGGAUUUUGAGGAUGAUCCUGAUCUUUGA